CGUUCAAUUGCCUUCGAGUCGCUUUUUUAAGUGGUAGCCCCAAGACGCCCGAAUUUCCAGCAAGCUAUUCUGACGCAACCACGACACACCCCGACCCCGACCCGAACUUUUAUAUACUGAUUACUGAUAUAUAUAGACUGAAAUAUAUACGCUUCGAUCCCCAGUAGAUCACACCCUAAAUGCCUUUCGUCGAAAGAUUCCAACAAAUACGUAAUUUUGUUAUGAACGUUUGUCUCGCCGAGGCCAUCCAAUUCGUCCAGGACCUCUCGCACGCCAUCUGCCUCGACUUCCAGGGCCUGUUCAACCUCAAGUAGGAGGCCACCAAUCCUGGUGCCAAUCCAUCGCUCACCUCACGAAAUCACCCAUACACUCACCACACUCAUCCAUACACAUACCC